GACGUCUCUUAUGAGGGCGUGGCCUUCUGUAAGCAGGAAGUAUGACGUAACUUUUAUUUUGGAAAACGAAGUCGAGACAGAGGUGACGGAAAAAUGGAGCAACACAUUGAGGAUUACAAGCUGAUAUUUGAGAAGGAGGGAGUGUACCUCCACACAAAUGCCAAGCGAAGUAACCAGGACACCACCAUCCCAGGGUUCAUCCGUAUUGUGGAGCGGGCCGGUGUGCCAGCUUUAGAGUGGAGUCCACUGGAAGAUGAGGGUCGCAGUGCCCCUGCUGUACUCUACACCAAAAAGGAUGGAGAAGGAGGUGUGGAAGAAACAAACUAUGACCCUGGGUAUGAGCCAGACUGGGCAGUUAUCAGUACAGUGAAGAAAGAUCGGGAACACGUCCCAGUCAAAGACUCAGAUCAGUGGUCGUUUUCUCUGCCUCUGUCAGAGUUAUACUCUCUUCGGAGGGCUCGGUUCUCCUUGGGGCGAAACUUCCUGGUGCUGACGAGUAGAGGGGGCCACCCACUGCCUCCUCUGCACUUCCACAGAGGAGGAACCAGGGAGCUCUUUAGAGCCCUGCAACGUUACAUCAUCCUGGACCAGUCACCGGUCGACGGGCGGCUCUUCCUUGCCUACCCUCAUGACUCAAGCGCUCUUUCUCAGUCCUUCGAUAAGCUGCAGCUGUUUGAUGAUGGCUCCGAUCUUGUUUCUAGAUUUAUCCAGGACCCCUAUGCCACUACUUUUGGUGGAUUCUCCAAAGUCACCAAUUUCUUCAGGGUGGCACUUCGACCUCCUGGGGCACCCGCCCAUUUGCGUACUGCUCAGGAUCCUAGUUUCCCCACCCAGUCCGAUGAAGAGCCAGGCUUCGAACUCAUCAACUGUGGGGUGGAGCUUGGUCCCAGACCAAACGUUACCAGGGGACAUCCUCUGGACAAAUGGGACAAGUUUAUGGACCCGGAGGGACGAGUGAAGAACCCAAUGAAGAUCAAAGAGCUUGUAUUCAGAGGGGGUGUCGCACCGUCCCUGAGGAAGGAGGUAUGGAAGUUCCUCCUGGGCUUUUAUCCAUGGAACAGCACUUACAAGGAAAGAGACGACAUUUUGCGGCAAAAAACGGACGAGUACUUCAGAAUGAAGGUGCAGUGGAAGUCAGUCAGUGAAGAGCAGGAGAUGAGGAACUCCCUCCUCAGAGGAUACAGAAGCCUAAUAGAGCGAGACGUCAGCAGGACAGACAGACACAAUACGUUCUUCUCUGGGAACGACAAUCCAGGACUGACUCUGCUGAAUGAUGUGCUGAUGACAUACUGCAUGUUCAACUUUGAUCUCGGUUAUGUCCAGGGGAUGAGUGAUCUUCUUUCUCCUCUCCUGUUCGUCACCCAAAACGAGGUGGAGUCCUUCUGGUGUCUGACCGGCUUCAUGGAGCUGGUGCACCAAAACUUUGAAGAGUCUCAGGAGGCCAUGAAGAAGCAGCUCCUUCAGCUCAGUAUCCUGCUGAAGGCUCUGGACCCGGAGCUGUGUGACUUCCUGGACUCUCAGGACAGCGGCUCUCUUUGCUUCUGUUUCCGCUGGCUGCUCAUCUGGUUCAAGAGAGAGUUUUCCUUCGAGGACAUCCUCACCAUGUGGGAGGUCCUCUGGUCUGGUCUGCCAUGUGACAACUUCCACCUGCUGAUCGCCUGUUCAAUCCUGGAGUCCCAGAGAGGAGAGCUGAUUGGCUCAGACCACGACUUUAACACUAUUCUGAAGCAUAUUAAUGAGCUGACGAUGCAGUUGGACCUGCAGACUGUUCUGCGAGGAGCAGAGGCUAUCUACCUCCAGCUGACUCAAUGCAAGGAGCUUCCCCUGAAGGUGCAGCAGGUUCUGGGACUCUACAUCGCCUCCAGCUCUGAGGAGGACAGCCCCGACUCCCAGGCCAGUGAGACGCAACGUCUCCUCGUCGAGUCCCAGGCAGGAGCUGCUUCAUCUAGUUCAGCACACGGUCCCACCUAUCCUUAAAUCUGCAGGUCAGCUGGUGGACUGAUAGUCAAGAAAUGUAUGGCUGAUCUUUAUAUAUUGAAAAAAAUAAAGUCUAUAUAAAUAUAUUGUAUAUGAUCAAAUGAGAAGGAACGAAAACUGUCUGGUGAAGACUGUUGUCACUAUAUGUCAGAGGCAGGGGGCGUUGUUGAGGCUUUUUUCUUUUGAAGUACCCAUGAAUGUUCAUGUUUAAACAUUAUAGCUGUACGUGCAGUGCUCUUUGUGCAUGGUGUCCUCCCCCUUUUCCAUGACAGCGUGUCUUUUGUUUACAUGUCCUGUGUCUCUGCUAAAGAGUCCUUUCUACUCUCCAUCCUUUGGAUGCUGCUCUUUUACCUUUCCGCAAGUUAUUUAAUAAUCAUCUCUGCUUGUCACUUGUGAUACUUUCAGUGCAUUUUGUUAUGCGUCCCCUCGACACUGCUCCUUAAAAGGGAAGAAGAUGAAGGAUAAACUCACUGGCAGCACCUUGUUCGUACUGUAUGAUGCCAUUCCAGCCCUAUGCAAACCUUAUUGCAUGCCUUAUAGUUUUCACAUGUGGCGUGGUAAUAUUUUAAGCCUUGUAAUUAUCUACAAAAUGUCCAUCCGCUGAUUAUUUUCAAAUAAAUGGUUGAAUCUGAA